AUGGAUCUCGUUUUAGAAGUAUUGGAUCACUACCUACUGGACAGUUUCUAUUCUAAAAUAGCACCUGUAUCACUCUCAAAACAGAUUCCCACCAAAUGGAUUCAAUUCUUAGAUUUAAAUGAUGGGAUCAUUGCUAAGAAUACUACUCUACUAUUACAAACUAUAGACUCGACAAAUUCUUUACCCAAGAUAAGUGAAGAUAUAUACGGUUACACUCCUUUCCUCUUCAAUGUAACUGAAUCAACUUUCACUUCAGUACUGCCUCGUUAUAACUUGGUACGUGAGUUCGCUUCCCUUCUCGUGAUGGUCAGUAUCGCGGCUUGGUUCCUGUAUCUAUCAAUGGCAACGUUCUCUUAUAUCUUUGUUUUCGAUAGAACAAUCUUCAAUCAUCCAAGGUAUUUGAAAAAUCAAAUGGCUCAAGAAAUUGCUUUGGCGGUAAAAGCCAUCCCAGUCAUGACUCUGCUAACAGUGCCAUGGUUUUUAUUAGAAUUAAAUGGCUAUUCAAGAUUAUAUUGGUCUCAUCCAGGUAAAGGCUGGAAACAAUACUUAAAGGAAAUCUGUGCCUUCAUCUUCUUCACUGACUGUGGUGUCUAUUUCGCUCACAGAUGGUUACACUGGCCUCGUGUCUAUAAAGCUUUGCAUAAACCUCAUCACAAAUGGUUAGUCUGUACUCCAUUCGCAUCCCACAGUUUCAAUCCAGUAGACGGUUACGGUCAGUCCAUUUCCUACCAUGUCUACCCAAUGCUAUUCCCUUUGCAGAAAUUCAUCUAUCUCGGUUUAUUCACUUUUGUUAAUUUCUGGACAGUCAUGAUCCAUGACGGUAACCACAUGUAUAAUAGUCAAGUCGUCAACGGUACUGCCUGUCACACCGUCCACCAUCUAUACUUCAGUUACAAUUACGGCCAAUUCACUACCCUUUGGGAUAGACUCGGUGGUACUUACAGAAGGCCAGAAGACUCGCUGUUCGAUCCAACUUUAAGAAAUGAUACAUCUGUUCUAGAACAUGAAUUACAAGAAAUGGAUAGAGAAAUGAAAGAAGUAGAAGGUACCGAUGAUGAAAGAGAAUACGAAGAUAACGUCAAAAAGAAUAACUGA